AUGUCCUGCACCAGUGCUGUCUUGUCGUCCUCCAGUCUGUGGAGACGAACGAUACUGUCGAAGAAUCGACUCUUCCGACAACCAAGCCAUGUCAUGAUGAGGGGAUUCAGUACUGGUAGCAACAGCGCAGCAACAAAAAAGGCCAAAGUGGCUUUGAUUGGCAGUGGCCGCAUGGGACAAAUUCGCGCCAGCAUUCUCAUGGCCAAUCCGAGAUUUGACUUUGUGGGCGUCGUGGAUGUCAAUCAGAAUGGGGCUACUGAAUUGGCCCACAAAGUUGGUGUCAAUGCCUACACGGAACUCCAUGAAAUGCUAGAAGACCAAAAUGGACAACUCGAUGGCAUUGUCAUGUGUUCUCCCACACAUACCCACCACGACGUCAUUCAACAAGUCGCCCAUCACAACCAGAACAAUGGUGUCGAUGCCCAAGUGGCUGGCAUUUUCACAGAAAAACCCGUGGGUGAAUCUGCCGCACAGAUUGAUUCGCUCUUUGACAUGGCCAAAACUGCCAACCUGCACUUGUGUUGUGGCUUUCAACGACGAUUUGAUCCAUCCUACGUUGCUGCCGCUCAGGCCAUUGCCAACCAGGAAAUUGGGACCCCCGUCGUGGCCAAUCUCUUUUUUGCCGAUCAUCCCAUUCCGCCCCGGGAAUUCUUGUUGCAAGGAGGCGACAUUUUCUUGGAUUUAUGUGCACACGACGUGGAUUUCAUCACCAACGCAUUGCAAGAUGAUAUCAUUAGCGUCUAUGCUACCGGCACGAGCAUGGACAAGGAGUUGCAAGAGGCUGGAGUACACGACAAUGCCAUUAUGGUCAUGAACUUUUCAAACGGUGCCGUCGCCACGCUGUUCAUGAGUCGCUGUGCAUCCUACGGAUAUGAUCAACGAUGCGAAGUCUUUGGCAACAAUGGUGGAUUGCUCAGUAUUCAGAAUCAACCCGAAACCACCACUGUCUUGUCCAAUGCACAGGGAAUCCAUCACUCGCGACUGUUGCAUUCCUUCCCGCAACGAUUUGCGCAGGCAUUUGCCUUGGAAAUCGAUGCCUUUUAUGAUACCGUGUUUCAGCUGGACGAAUGGCCGAUUACAGGAGAACAAUGUGUCAAGGUGCAACGAGUGGCCGAUGCGGCACGAGAAUCUUGUAGGGAGGGACGAUUAGUCUCCUUGGAAUACUAG